UGGAGGGGCUCUUUUUGGGGGAACUUGUAUGGGAGGUAGCUGCCGGCUCUCCGAAUGGCAUUUGUGGCCAUCCGGUCUGGGACCUACCCGCCCUCACUUCCGCGGGCGGUCUCUGCUAUUAUUAUCGCCGGCAACCGUACCCGCAGUGGGAGCCGGCUGCCGGCUUCUGAAGCAUCAGGGCGGCAUGUUCGGCCGGGAGCCAGGCCGCUACUUUAGUCCGCGGCUUUGGCCUGGUCCCGGCCGCGAGUAACUCCGCCCCCUUUUUCCAUGCUCUCUGCGCGUCCAAUGUCUGCAGUGCUCGCACGGGGAGGGCAUGUUCAGUUAAAUUUUAGGGGAGGGGUUCGGCUGAACCCACUUGUUCUGCCUGCUCUUCCUCACACCCUACUCCCCCUGCCCAAGAUGGCCCUUCGGUGUCUGUGGUCCCUGACCCUGCCCCGGUUUGGGUGUCUUCCCUUUCCCAAACUAUCUCAGACUUGACACAGGUAUCCAAGGAGGUGGCUACGGCCUUAAAGCAGUCUUCCUUGCAUCCCCCAUGGGCGACGCUCCCACAGGCGCCCAUCGUUUUUUUUAUCCUGACUCAUCUCCUGAAAACAGGCGCCGCUCGCGCUCCAGGUCCCCCGCUCCUCGGCAGCAUUCACAGUCUCGCGACCGCUCUCCUAGGGGCCGUUCUCGUUCCCCGAACUGCCCUUCCAGAUCCCGGUCACCUAGAUCGGGAACCUCCACUCACCAUUCCCGAUCUCUGGGUGAGCUAGCGGACUUAGACCCAGCUCUGCAUUCGGAUUCUGAAGAGCUGUCAUCCAUGUCUGACUUGGUGGCCAGCUUGGUGUCUGCAGUCAGGGACACCUUCCAUCUAUAGGACCCUGGACCUUCGGACCCUGCUCCUGAAGUUUCCUUUACACGUACUCAUCGCUCUCCCAAGGUUUUCCAUCUUCAUAAGGAGUUUGAUGAACUUCUGGAGACUGCCUGGAAGCUUCCGGAGAAGCGCUUCUAAGGCACUAAACGGUUGAAGACUCUCUGUCCGUUUCCUCAGGAUCUUAUCUCUAAAUGGACCGUUCCACCAGUCUCCCGUUUAUCCAAAUCCACCACUCUACCGUUGGCGGAUGCCGCUUCCUUUAAGGAUCCUGCGGACAAAUGGGUCGAGAAUUUUCGUAAGUUGACCUCCUUUCAGUCCUUUCGUUCCCAGGGCCAGGAAAAAUCGAGUCCCUCUCAGGGUAGGCAGGGCCCGUCCUUCAAGCCUUGCCCCCUCAUGGAAGCAGGAUAGUCAUUCCAACCGAUUUCCCGCUAAAUCGGGAACAUGCAAACCUUCCUCGACCUGAAGGGGUUCCCCCACCCAGGACUCCGUCUCGGGUGGGAGGUCGCUUACGUCUUUUUCGGGACGUCUGGUUAGAGCAAGUCCAGGACUCUUGGGUUCGGGACGUCAUCUCCGACUGUUACCGAAUCGAGUUUGCUUCUUUUCCCCGGGAUCGUUUUUCCCGAUCCCGGCCUCCUCGUUCACCUGCUCUGGCUGCAGGUUUUCAUUCUGCCAUUCACACUCUGCUACAACAGGGUGUCAUUGUGCCUGUCCAAUCUCAGGACCGUUUCAAGGGUUUCUAUUCAAACCUCUUUGUUGUCCCCAAAAAGGAGGGUUCAGUCCUUCCGAUUUUGGACCUAAAACUCCUCAAUCCACAUCUUCGACUUCACCACUUCCGCAUGGAGUCGCUACGGUUGAUUGUGGCAUCCAUGGAUCAGGGCGAAUUCCUGUCUUCGGUGGACAUUCGGGAUGCGUAUCUCCACAUCCCGAUUUUCCUCCUCAUCAACGUUUUCUACGUUUUGCCGUUCCGCAGGGUCACUUUCAAUUUGUGGCUCUGCACUUUGGCCUGGCUACAGCCCCCAGGGUUUUUACCAAGGUCCUGGUGGCUGUCAUGGCCAUUCUCAGGUCCAGGGGGGUGUCUGUCCUUCCUUACCUGGACGACCUGCUCAUCAAGGCUUCGUCCCGAAUCCAGAGCGAGGAGAGUCUCCACAUCACCCUGCUGACCUUAACCAGCUUCAGGUGGCUGAUCAACGAGGAGAAAUCCAACUGUUCUCCCUCCCGUUCUCUGGUCUUUCUGGGCCUCCGGUUCGAUACCGAGAGCGCCCAAGUUUUCCUUCCUCUGGACAAGCGGAGUGCUCUGCUGUCCGGCGUUCGUCACUUGAGACGCCCGCAUCUAGUGUCCAUUCGUGCCUGCAUGGCAGUACUGGGCAGAAUGGUGGCGGCCAUGACGGCGGUUCCGUUUGCUCAGUUCCGUUGCCGUCCGCUUCAGUGGGCCAUUCUGGCUCUCUGGGACGGGUCCCCCCUGUCCUUGGAUCACCGGAUCCGUCUGCCCACCUCGACUUGCCAGUCUCUUCUUUGGUGGCUCCACUCUCCCCUCCUUCAGAGCGGUCGCUCGUUUCUACCAUUGAACUGGCUAGUUCUUACAACGGAUGCGAGCCUCCUCGGUUGGGGGGGGGGGGGGGUGUUCUCCUGGACCGGACGGUCCAGGGCCGGUGUUCCCCACAGGAAGCCAGGCUUCCUAUCAAUGUCCUAGAAAUCCGGGCAAUGUUUCUUUGCCUUCAGCACUGGGAGUCUCUUCUUCAGGGUCGCCCAGUUCGCAUUCAGUCGGACAACGCCACGGCCGCGGCGUACGUAAACCGCCAAGGCGGCACUCGCAGCAGCGCGGCCAUGACCGAGGUAUCCAAGAUAUUGACUUGGGCGGAGCGCAUGGUCCCCCUCCAUAUCAGCGAUCCACAUCCCGGGGGUGGACAACUGGGAAGCGGACUUUCUAAGUCGCUCCUCUCCCGAUCCCGGGGAGUGGUCCCUUCAUCCGGAGGUGUUAGAGUCCAUUUGCCAUCGUUGGGGGACUCCAGACGUGGACCUCUUUGCAUCCCGCCUAAAUCAGCAGGUCCCAACCUUUGUGGCAAAGUCCAGAGAUCCUCUGGCUCUUGCCGCGGACGCUCUCGUCAUUCCACGGUCUCUGUUCGCUCUCCCGUACCUGUUUCCGCCACUUCCCCCUCCUUCCCCGAGUGCUCAGGAAACUCAAGGCGGAAGGCGUAUCGGCCAUCCUAGUGGCUCCGGAUUGGCCCCACCGAUCUUGGUACGCCGACGUGGUUCGGCUCGUGGUGGACGUACCUCUUCGGCUGCCUGAUCGCCUCGAUCUUCUUUCUCAGGGUCCUCUUUGCCACCCCAAUUCCCUGCCGCUGCGUUUAACGGCGUGGCGGUUGAAACCGCGGUAUUGAAGGCUCGCGGCUUCACAUCUGGGGUUAUUCGCACUAUGCUCAGGGCGCGUAAACCGUCCUCGGCUAGAAUCUACCAUAGGACUUGGCGGGCUUAUUUUCGGUGGUGUGAGGCCCGCUCUCUUUCCCCGGUUCAUUUUUCUCUGCCAAACCUUUUGGCGUUUCUGCAGUCGGAUCUUGAAACGCGUUUGGCUCUUAGUUCUCUCAAGGGCCAAGUGUCGGCGCUGUCUAUUCUUUUUCAGCGGCCUCUAGCUUCCGACUCAUCGGUUCGCACUUUCCUUCAAGGGGUAGCUCAUGAGAUUCCUCCUUAUAGGUCUCCUACUCCCCCUUGGGACUUGAAUUUUGUCCUGAGUGUCUUACAAUCUGUUCCAUUCGAGCCUAUCUGACAUUUCUCUACGUUUCCUCUCUUGGAAGGUCGCCUUUUUGGCAGCUGUGACCUCAAUCCGUCGGAUGUCUGAAUUGGCAGCUCUCUCUUGUCAACCUCCCUUCCUAAUUCUUCAUCAAGACAAGGCUGUGCUUUGGCCGGUUCCUUCUUUUCAACCGAAGGUGGUUUUCUUUUCAUCUGAACGAGGAUAUCAUUCUUCCUUCCUUCUGCCCUGCUCCGUCUCACCCUAAGGAGUGUUCUCUCCACAAUCUGGAUGUGGUCCGGGCCCUACGAGUUUACCUUUCGGCCACCUCUUCGUUCCGACGGUCGGAGUCGCUGUAUGUCCUUCCGGAGGGCCGACGCAAGGGUGGAUCUGGUCUGCCAUUUCUGAAGCAUAUCGUUCCAAGGGGAAAGAUCCUCCCUUCCGGGUCACGGCUCACUCCACUCGCUCUGUGGGGGCCUCUUGGGCGGUCUUCAACAGGGCUUCAGCCCUACAGGUGUGUAAAGCGGCUACUUGGUCUUCGGUGCACACGUUCACCAGGUUUUACCAAGUGCACACUUCUGCUUCCGCCGACGCCUCUUUAGGGCGUAAGGUUUUGCUGGCAGCGGUGGCUCUGCCGUCAGCUUGAUUCUGGGUUGCAUUGUUUUUCCCACCCCGGGGACUGCUUUGGUACGUCCCACGGUUCCUGUGUCCCCCAAUUGAGCUGAAUGAGAAAAGGAGAUUUUUUUACACUUACCGUAAAAUCUAUUUCUCGGAAGCUCCAUUAGGGGACACAGCUCCCACCCAGUGUUUUUAGUUGUGGUCUGAGAGUCGGUCGCCUGUCAGUCUGUUAGUUCAUUUGUUUUGACGGGCUCCCUCUGGACUCUGUAUUUUUUUCGGUUCCUCCUAUUGCUUUGGGACUAAAACGGAGUGUCUCUAAGGCAGUAGGUGGGGUAUACCCUGCUGGGAGGGGCCGACUUCAUUUUUUGUGUGCCAAGUGUCGGCCUCCUAGAGGCAGCAAGAUAUACCCAUGGUUCCUGUGUCCCCCAAUGGAGCUUCCGAGAGAGAUUUUACGGUAAGUGUAAAAAAUCUCCUUUUUUUUUUUAUCGUGACAUAUUGUACUUUUAUAUUAGUUGUAAAUUUCUGUGGAUACAUGCGGUUUUUUGGCAACUUGAAAUUUCUUGAAUUUUUAUUUAUUUUUCCUUUUUUAUGGUGUUCACGGUGCAGUAUAAAUCUUUAUUCUGCAGAGCUGUACAAUUUUGGUGAUACCCUAUUUAUAUAGCGUUUUUUUUUUUCACUUAUUGUGUAUGCGGUUUUCCACCGGACCUAAAAUCUUAGUCGACCACGAUUUUAGGUGCGGUGGGAAAACCGCAUACGGGGCAAAAAUGAGCCGACCGGAGUCAGCGUUUUCACUCCGGUCAGCUCAUUGAAAUGAAUUACAUACGGGAGCACAUACGCAAGUUUUACAUAUUACAAGUUUUACAUAUUACAUACCGGAGCACAUACGGAAGUUUUCAGCUCCCCCUACCGUAUGCGGUCCCGUAUGGGACAAAACGUAGUGUGAACCCAGCCUUACUCAGUAUUACACUGAUGGCUGAACCUCACAGGCUGUGGUACUUGGCAGAGAGGAGGCAAUCAGCUGGCCAUCUUGCUACCAUGUCAACCAUCGGGACCCCAUGAUCUCGUUGCAUGGUCACAAGUAGGGCGAGUCCCUCCCCCUGUCAAUCAAAAAAAAAGGUGGGCAGGGGUGAUUCAAACUUUUAAAGGAUAGGGGAUAAGAUGCCU